CUUGUAAGUAUCCGUGCUCAAAUUAUUCUCAUGCAAGCUUCAAGCUUCAAGCUUCCAAAAAAACGUUGCUACACUACUGCUUAGAGGAUCUAUUUGUUGAGAUCCAACUAAACUCUCUAUCUACUCGUGUUGUUGUCUACAUAGAUGAUUGUUCAAAGAAGUAGCAAUCAUUGAUCAUGCCCCCCGUUUACUCCUGCAACCCCCUCUACGACUACCCCCGCGACUUCAGCGGCUACGGCGAAGCUGGCCUCGACCCUAAAUGGCCCAACAAAGCCAAAAUCGCCGUCUCGUUCGUUAUCAACUACGAAGAAGGCGGUGAGCGCUCAGUGAUGUCCGGCGACGGCAUGGCGGAGCAGAAUCUGCGCGAGAAUCCGGCAGGGCCACCACGAAUCAACGAGCGCAAUCUCAAUGUCGAGAGCGAGUAUGAGUAUGGCUCGCGCGCGGGGUUCUGGAGGAUGUUUAGGAUGUUCAAUGAGUACGGGAUGAAGUUCACGUUAUAUGCGGUUGCGCAGGCGGUGGAGAAGCAGCCGGAGGUUGCGAGGAGGUGUGUGGAGAUGGGGCAUGAUGUGGCGUCGCAUGCCUAUCGUUGGAUCGAGUACCACGACUUCAGCAUCGAGAAGGAGAAGGAAUACAUCAGGAAGGGCAUCGAGUCGCUCAAAGCCCUCACAGGCUACGCACCCCGUGGAUGGUACUAUGGUUGCAACUCCCCACACUCGCGCACUCUCGUGCCCGAAGUCUACGAAGAACUCGGCGAAGAGCUGGUCUGGGCUUCUGAUACCUACGCGGACGAUGUGCCCUACUGGAUUGACCUUCCGACCGAAGCCUCGAAGUCUGACGAGGAAGCAAAGGGGUGUCUGAUGGUUCCGUACAGUUAUGAUUGCAAUGACUUCAAGUUUCAUGUCAUAGGCUCUGGAUUUGCGGAUCCGGAUGGUUUCUUCGCGCAUCUCAAAAACGCGUUCGAUGUGCUAUACGAAGAGGGCGAAAAGGGGAUGCCCAAGAGGAUGACAGUGGGGCUUCACUGUAGGAUAGCUGGCAGGCCGGGGAGGUUCGGCGCACUAAAGCAAUUCGUUGACUAUCUCAACAAAAAAGGAGUGUGGGUUGCCACAAGGACGGAAAUUGCUGAGGCAUUCAAGAAAGAGUAUCCGUAUAAGAGGGGGAAGUUAGCGUAAGCGGUAGCCUACCGUAAUUGAAAAGAGAUGGUCGAGAAGUUGAUAUUCGUUUCCAUCUUUUCUUUCCAUAUGCCUUUAAGCAUGAUUCACUCGUAAACUCCAAGAAAGCCAUGAUCCCAUCCAUUGCCAUUAGGGAACGCGGAAGAGUCCAUUUGCAUGAAUCCUGUCAUGCUAUC